AUGGACCAUUUGGAAGAAAUGAGAGCUUGGGCUGAAGAUCUACGAUUGUCAAGUAGUAGUUCUAGUGAUCAGGAUUAUACUAUCAGAAACGAUAUGAAAAAAGAAGAAGAACUUGCGGAUGAUUGUGAAGAGAAAAUUGAAGUUGACGUUACAAAUCCAUUUUUAACAGAGGAGGUGUUCGAUUCACGUCAAUCGUUGAUUGAUUGGGUGCAAGAAAUAGGGCUUAAUUUGGGAUUCAUCAUCGUUACAAGGAGCUCAUCGAGCUCAUCAUUAUUGUUGCAAUGCGAUCGCGGUGGCACGUACAGAAGGAAGAAAACAUCCACGAAGCUCACAGGCACGAAAAAGAUUGAUUGUCCUUUCAGACUUAAAGGGAUGAAACUACGUGAAGCUGAUUAUUGGAUGGUAAAAGUGCUAUGUGGAAUGCACAACCAUGCCCCUGCAUCAUAUAUGGAGGGGCAUCCAUACGCCGGACGCCUUUCUGAAUCUGAAGUUGAGAUAAUGGUAGAUAUGUCUAGCAAUUAUGUCAAGCCACGAGACAUCUUGGCUUCGUUGAAGAAACGAGAUCUGAACAAUGCGUCCACUAUUAAAACAAUAUACAAUGCACGACAGAAGUUUCGAACUUCUGAAAAAGCUGGUAAAUCCCACAUCCAGUCUCUAAUGUCUUUCCUACAUGAGCACAGGUACAUUUUCUAUCAUCGAACCAAUGAUGUAACCAACGAGCUCCAGGAUUUAUUCUUUGCUCAUCCAGGCUCAUUAGAACUACUACGUGCAUUCCCACAUGUUUUAUUAAUGGACGCAACAUACAAGACAAACAGGUUCAGGAUGCUUCUUCUUGAGAUUGUCGGGGUGACUCCAACAAAUAUGACGUAUUGCAUAGCAUUUGUGCUCUUGAAUUCCGAGAAGGAUGAUAAUUAUACAUGGGCUUUAAGGUGUUUGCAGUCAAUAAUUGAGGAAAGCAUUGCCCCAAAAGUUAUUGUCACCGAUAGAGAGUUGGCUGUGAUGAAAUCAUGUCGCCUGGUAUUUCCUGAUGCAAAGAAACUACUUUGUCGAUGGCACAUAUAUAGGAGUGUUUUGGCGAACUGUAAAAGAUCAUUUCAAGACAAAGAAUCAUGGGAUGCAUUCUACUCCUCCUGGAAUACGUUGGUGGAAUCUGAAAAUGAGAUUGCCUACGUGUACAAUUUGUCGCACCUAGAGGUAAUCCUACAAAACUAUGCAGUUGUGUUUAGUUACAUUAAAGAUGUAUGGUUGACACCGUAUAAGGAGAUGUUUGUCUCUGCUUGGACAAAUACGUAUUUGCAUUUCGGGAACUUGACCACUAAUAGGGUCGAGAGUCAGCAUGCAAAGUUAAAGAAAUACCUUGGAUCAUCACAGUUAGACGUUGAGUCUGUAGUAUCUUUAAUUCAUCAGCUCGUCCAAGCUCAGUUCACAUCAAUCAAGGCUAGUUUGGAGAAAAGUAGACAUAUCGUCCAGCAUCGGUUCAACACAGUUCAGUUCAGGGAACUACGUGGUUUUGUUUCGAUUGAUGCGUUGGAUCUGAUUUUCCAAGAAUCUGAUCAAUCUAAAUUCAUCGGAGAAGAUUCGUACGCCUGUGGAUGUAAACUUCGUACAAUCUACGGAUUACCGUGUGCGCACGAACUUUCAAUAUACAUUAACGAUGGUCAACCGAUACCACUUGCUUCCAUCGAUGCAUUCUAG